UGGGGACUAGUCCCUGGGCUGCGGGCGCCGCUGCUGCACGCCGUGGGCAGCUCCUACUACGCGGCCGGGCGGGCGGGCGGGGCGGCGGGGCGCAGCUGCCUGCACGGACCAGCUCACAGGAGCCACUCUCCUCCGACCGGCCUGCGGCUAAGCCAGAUCUGCCAGUGAGCCUCAGGCUUCCGGACCUGAAGAGUGAAUAAGGAAACCCCCAGCUGCGUGGGCGACGUGUGUGGGCCUGACGAGUGAACCAUCUGCCCGCCUGGGAAGCCGGCUUGUAGUCCAGAACUUAUAGGGUAUCUGAAAAUCUCCCCCAGCUCUCCAAUGGCCAGCAACAACACUGCCAGCAUAGCACAAGCCAGGAAGCUGGUGGAACAGCUGAAGAUGGAAGCCAACAUCGACAGGAUAAAGGUGUCCAAGGCAGCUGCAGACCUGAUGGCCUACUGUGAGGCACAUGCCAAGGAAGAUCCCCUCCUGACCCCCGUUCCGGCUUCAGAGAACCCGUUUAGGGAGAAGAAGUUUUUCUGCGCUAUCCUUUAAGUCCUCACUGGGGUGUGACGAGCGCAGGGCUCCCGGGACACUGGUGUAGAGUUUUUAGCCCCGUGGGCGCCUUUCUCGUCCACGGCAUUUAGAGAGGGAGAAGAACCAUCCUGGCAACUCCAGGCCUGCAUGUUUAAGGAACCGGUCCCCUUUGUGAGAGUGAAAGCUGACCCGCGUCCCGAGUUAAGAGAGCUGGCGUCCGCAGAGCUGCCUGGAGGAGGGAACAUGUAAAGAUAAAAUCCGUGUCGUUUCUUUUCUGCUAUCCCUCCCCAAACCUUAUGUUUCUGCUUCAUAUUUAAAAAAUUAAAAUUAAAGCAGACAGCUGUGCCGAGCUCAGAUACGUGUGACCUUUUUGGGGUGAACCUCGCCUUUAGAGUUACCUGGAUGAGCUGAGUCAUCCACUGUGGCCGCGGCCCAUUCAAUGGCGUUGAUGUUUAGUCCCUGUGUCUUUCUUUCCUUUCUCCUCCCCCGUUAGAAUAGCACAGAGAUAAGGCUGGACUCGCCUGGGGGACUGAACCCCAGGAUGAGCACCCCAAGUGUCGAGCGAGAUGUCCCCAAGCUCUGUCCUCGUGGGAACAGCAGAGCCAGCGCCAGCUGUCUGUGUCCUUGUCACUGUCCCUAACGUUUGUACAGUAGCUUCGACCCUGCAAGUAAGAGUGAACCGUGUGUUGUGAUGGUGCUUUCAUAUCCGUGUGACAAUUUGGGUAAUACUGCAUGAAAAUGUCCCUGUGUUACAUCCAUUCAGAGGUUUUGCUGUUUUACCAUGAAGUUUGGAAAAGGAAUGAGAGAGAAAAGAAGCUGGGGAGGAAAAGCCCAGUGUCUUGACCACUGAGAUUCCUUCAGAGCCUUAGCAGUGCCGGAACACGUCCUCGUGACAGCGCGUCAGUGCCUCCUGACGUGUUUCCAGACUCCAGAGCACGUGGUUCCAUCCAGGAUCGGGCAGCACAGGUGCCCAGCAGGAGGGCGAGGGUAUACCAUGAGCUGGGGUGCUUGUCAGAGCAGAGCAAGCUCCCUUCCCUGAAUCGCACGACUUCGAGGUUGUAAGAACGCUCUCUCUGCUCCUCUCGACAGGAAAGCGUGGCCCUCUUUUGCUCCAGUAUCGGAGAAAUCAGGCCGUGGCUCCCGAGAAGACCCCUCUCAGGAGCCCGUGGUUCGCCUGCCGGCAGGGGUGGCCCCCAGCUCCACAGGCGGGCUCUGGCCCUGCCACUGAGGGGUCUUCAUUCUUCACUCGCCACAUUUUCAAUAGAACCUUCUCUGGGUUUUUGUCCCACCUGUUUAUCGGAGUCUCUCAGCCUUUGUUUGCGCCUUCCUUGCCGAGAGCUGUCUCCUCCUUGAGACGAUGCUGGAGUGAUUUUUCGUCACAGCUCCGGCCUCCAUGAGUGACUGGAGGCCUGGAAGCCUUUAUCCCUUUUUCUGUGUCAUUCCAGGCAAAAGAGGGCUUCUCUUACACCUUGUUGGCUUUGAAACCCCAAAGGACCAUUUCCAAACUAAUUUUGUUCUCUUUCCAUUCUCUUCCUCCUGUUAAAAAAAAAAAGGAAUGGAGAUGCAGGAAAAGAGAAGGUAGAAAGACUUAACGUGCCCAGGAAACAGGCUUGAUAAACAUUCCCUCAGCUCCUUUUACGGGCACAACGGUAAAAGAAUAAAUACAUCCAAUUAAAGCUCCCGCCCGGGCGGAAAGAAGCGAGGGCCAUGUGGUUGGAGAGAUGUGUGGGUGCAUCUCGUGCAGCCACACUUCUGCACCAGACACUGCCCAGACACUGCAAUUCUGUCACAGCUGCCACUGACAAGGAUUCAGAGGGAAACACGCUGGCAGAAUGUUUGUUAAGCUAGAAUGUUGCACCACUGGCUUAGUGACCCUGUGGAAUAAGCUACAACUGUGUCACGUUCUAAAAAUGAGCCGAGAUACGGUUGAACAUGCGGUCACCUACAACAGCUGGGAGAGGAGCCCUCUUAGGUCUUUCUUUUUAAGACCUGAUGAUUUUCAUAAUCCCCACCAAUUUCAUGUCCUACAGGAUGGAAUUAUAACACCAGAGUCUUUGUACGAGUUUUGGCUUCUGGUAGUUCUACUUGUUAAGGAGAAAAACAAUCUUUUUAUUACUUAUACCUCUAAAGUUUUAAUUCUUUCAGGAACUCAACAAUCCUUUUUACCAGGAUAACUAACGGAAAACUUAGCUUAAUUAUUCCCGGCCCUAAUCUGUGUAUUUAAUGUAUUGAAUAGUAAUGAAAAUCUACCAUGGAAUUAGACAGUAACAAUAACCCUCAGAUUUAGGGGGAAAAAAAUCUUGCAUUGUCCUCAAUAUUGACUCUGAUUUCUUUCUUUCUUUUUUCAACUUUAGACCAAGUACUAUUUAAUUUAAGUCAGAAAUUGCAAACAAGUCCUUUGAAAUGAGGCUCAUUUUGCUGAUAACAUUUGAGGGAGAUUGCUUACCAAAGAAGACGGAAAACCAUUUGUCCAUGUCCUCAUUUCCACAGAGGGAAUCGCAAGACAUUGAGCACACUGGUUCAGGGGGUUUUCUACUUUUUCUCUUUUUUAAUAUUGCCUUUAGCUGCUCCUGGCGAUGCUGAAUUAUUACAUACAUUAAUGUUUUCCCAGCCCCAAAUUGUUCAUUUUUCCUAUAUAAGAUCUGUGGGCGUGUCUUUCAAAGAGAGGGAAGCACAGAAAUGUUAAAGCAGGAAAACCUGAAUGUGAUGUGCACAUUUUCAUCCGACAAGGACAAUGUGUUCGUUUUAAUAAAUGGAAUUUUCAGAUUCA